AUGCUGGGCCGUCAGAAAAACCGCGCUUCCGGUGUACGCGAUGCACCGAUUUCAUCAAAACAGAUGGGAAGUCGGGUCAAUAAGAGCAUAGAUAUUCACGGCCGAGUUAUUUUCGAUGUCCUGCAGGUGGUCCUGCGUGAUUAUAAACUGCGCAGUUACACGCUCAACAGCGUUUCUUACCACUUUUUGUCCGAGCAAAAGGAGGCCGUUGAGCAUAGCAUCAUCCCAGAUCUGCAGCGAGGAGAUGAGCAUACUCGUCGAAGGUUUUUUUCACGCAUUUCCGUCUUCUCUGAUGCCAUUAGAAGGAGAAUAUUAAGGCUCGCCGUGUACUGUAUGAAAGAUGCUGCUCUGCCGUUGCGCCUACUGGAUAAACUUUUGUCAGUGAUCAACUAUAUGGAGAUGGCAAGAGUAACUGGUGUCCCACUAAACUACCUUCUCACACGAGGGCAACAAAUCAAGAUAUUAUCAAUGAUGCUCCGCAAAUGCAAGGCGAACCACUUUUUCUUACCUGUCAUUGAGGUCCAAGGAGGAGAUUCGGAGGGGUAUGAGGGUGCGACAGUUAUCGAGCCUCUGCGUGGUUUCUACAACGAACCAAUCGCAACUCUGGAUUUUGCUUCGCUGUAUCCAUCGAUAAUGAUUGCUCACAAUCUGUGCUAUACAACGCUUUUAAAGAAACCAGAGGGCGUGGAAGGAAAGGACUAUAUUAAAACACCUUCUGGAAACUUCUUCGCUACAAAAGAGCGUCGGCGUGGACUUCUUCCUGUCGUUUUAGAAGAUUUGUUGGCUGCACGAAAACGAGCAAAAAAUGAGAUGAAGCACGAAAAGGAUGAGUUCCGCAAGAUGGUUCUCAAUGGUCGUCAACUUGCAUUGAAGAUUUCCGCCAACUCGGUUUAUGGUUUCACUGGUGCUGUUGUGGGGAAGCUACCUUGUUUGGAAAUUUCCCAGUCAGUGACGGCUUUUGGAAGACAAAUGAUUGACUUGACGAAAAGUGAAGUUGAAAAACGGUACAAAGCCGGAGCUAUGAAUGGGAAGUGUCCUGCUAACGCCCAAGUAAUUUAUGGAGACACGGAUUCCGUGAUGGUUAAAUUUGGAGUAAAAACCGUAGCUGAAGCUAUGGAAAUAGGUUUGCAUGCAGCCACGGAAGUAAGCAAAAUAUUCACCCCGCCGAUCAAGCUGGAGUUUGAAAAAGGACUCGAAACGGUGCGACGAGACAACUGCCCCUUAGUGGCGAAGGUACUAAACACGUGUCUAGAGAAGCUCCUAAUUGCACGAGAUGCAACAUCAGCGCUGGAAUUUGCGAAACGGGUCAUAUCAGAUCUUCUCUGUAACAAGAUUGACAUCUCGCUCCUAAUCAUCAGCAAGGAAUUGACGAAAUCUGGAGAUAAGUAUCAAGCCAAGCAAGCGCAUGUAGAGUUAGCGGCCAGAAUGCAUAAGCGAGACCCAGGAUCUGCUCCUCGGCUAGGCGACAGAGUGCCUUAUGUAAUAAUUGCCUCAGCGAAGAACGUCCCUGCAUACGAAAAAGCGGAGGAUCCAGCGUUCGUCUUGAAAAACAAUAUUCCAAUUGACACGAAGCACUACCUGACAAAUCAGUUGGCGAAGCCUCUUGCAAGGAUUUUUGAGCCGAUCUUGGGUGAUCGCGCCGAACGAACGCUAAUCGAAGGCGAACACACGAGGGUCAGGACAGUGGUUCAGAGUAAAAUUGGUGGUCUUGCUGCCUUCACGAAGAAAAUGGUCACUUGCUUGGGAUGCAAGGCAGUGCUCAAAGAUCAGACUCGCGCUGUUUGUGACUUUUGCAUAUCUAAAGGAAAAUUACCCGAGAUAUAUGCUAGCAGAAUAGCCAAUGUGAACGUCCUUGAACGACAUUUCUCAAGAUUGUGGACAGAGUGUCAAAACUGCGCUAAAACCAUGCAUGAUAAGGUAUCCUGUGCAGCUCGUGAUUGUCCUAUCUUCUACAUGCGGGAAAAAGUGCGAGGUGAUCUGCGGGAAGCCCACACUGCUUUGAGUCGUUUUGGGGAUCCAUCUUGGUAA